UUGAGUGAAAUUAUAGAACACAAUAAUCCAGAAUGAAAAUUUGUUAGAGUAACUCUAUGUUUGUGAAAUCCGUUUGAACAAUUAAAUAAAAUUGAUAUUAAAUUUAAAUCAAGAACAAUUUAUUCCUCAUAUUUUUAAUAAGGUUAUUUAAUAUUAUAUUUCUACUGGAGAGAGCUGAUGGUAAAUUUUUAGAGCUUUAACAUAAAAUAAUGAUGUUUUGAAUUUUCAAUAUUUUCAUUGGAGAUAAGCAGCUGGCACAGUGGUGAACAGAAUAAAUCUAAAUAGUAUCGGGUCAGUGGGCCGACAAGCAUGAUGGUGGUUAAAUGGCUUCUUCAACUUUUGGUGAUCCACGGCAUCUUACUGCAGACUCUCGGUGCAGGAAUUAAUUUGCAAAAUGAAAGUGAUAUAAACCUUUUAUCCACAAUGAAUACUGAGCAAUAUUCAACAGAAAUAGUAACUUCAUCAACUUCCGAGUCCCCUCAAGAACUGAUUCCGGAAAAAUUAAAAUAUAUAAAUUUCCCUUACCAACAGCUCGAAAAAUCAUCAACGCAAGAAACGUCUGAUUUAUCAGCUAAAAUAAAGCAAGUUUACAAAGAAAAGUAGACAUGGAAAAGCAUAGAUUUCCAAAAGAAAAUACAUUUUCUUUACUCGCAAAACAUAAUGACUGAUUGUAACUUCAUUGUGGGUUCUGGCAAUGAUACCGAGGAAAUAUCUGCACAUGCAAUUGUUUUGGCAGUCGCGAGUCCUGUGUUUGCCAAGGCCUUAGAGAGUAACCGAAAUUUCCGAUUACCCGAAGUUUCGCCAAGCGAUUUCCACCAAAUUAUGAACUUUUUGUACACGGGUGAGCUGUGCAUUCGCAGUUUUGAAGAGGCCUGUUCCCUUUUAAGACGGGCCGCGAACUUUGGCCUUGACGAGGUGGUUGAAAUAGCGCGAGGCUACAUCGUCUCGAAAAUGUAUCCGAACCACAUUUGGCACGCUUAUCAGUGCGCCCAAGUGGUCAAAGACCAAGAUUUAAUGGAUACAGCGUUCAUGCUGAUAAUGAAAUUCACCGAGAAAGCAAUCAACGAUCCAAAGUUCAACGAGAUAUCUCAAAGCGACCUCGUGGAAUUUCUCUCCAAAGAAAACCUAAAUAUAACAAAAGAGUACCGCUUGUAUGAGGCUGUCGUCCGGUGGGCCUUUUUCCAAGCCUCACGCCAAAAGGUGAAGGCAACGCCGGAAAAGCUCCGCGAGAUUAUUGGGCUGGACGUUUUGAAGCAAGUGCGCUUUCUGGCCAUGUCCAUGGACGAAUUUCAUAUGGUUUACAAUGGAUUUAGAAUUCUUAGUUAUGAAGAAAGUCUUCAGAUCAUAUUUAAUAUCAAUAGAUAUAAUUCAAUUCAUCUGAAAGAAAUUUUCUCUAAAAACAACAAGUCAAGAACAGGCAUUGAUUACGUCGAUGACAAUAAUUCUACCAUUUUUAUGAGUGGCGUGCCGGAAAGUUGCAGUACAGACACAUUUAGUACAGAUGACACAUAUUCAGUUCUUACUUCAGGAGAGCUUAUAUCCCAAUAUAGUACUUCAAAAUUGAGAGGGAUUCAAAUUCCAAAGAGUCUUGAGGCGUUGGCCGACAAUUGUACCUCUUUGAAGGAGCACUUUGAUGUUUUUGUGUUUGACCAAAACAAAAAAUUAAUUGUUAACACGACUUACAACCAGAUUCCACCUUGUACCGUGCCGAGUUACAAUGUGAUAAAAUCUUAUGGCAAUCUAAGAUGGGUAACCAAACAAGAGAGUAACCUAAUCAAUGUAGGGAUUAAGGAAACCAACGUAAAAUUGAGAGAGAAGUACACAAUUAAGGUUGUUUUUCGAGUUCCUCGAACACUUCCAUUGACACUAAGGAAGUCUGAAAAUCUCAAUACUGAGCAACGCAGUAUGCAGACCACAGGCGUGACCUUUAUGGAUUACAGCAGUAGCUAUUACCAUUAUCAACCCAAAAACAGUUUCAUCGUCUCAAUUGUACUAUAUCACUAGUAUGAGGCACAUCUACACGCCAACUUCUCUUGAGGGUCCUUCAAAAAGCGACAUGUUUGCCUUGACAUAUUUUUUUAUUCACGAUUUAUAUUUUCAUUUUUAAUGUACCAACAUGAUUUUUGAAGAAUAAAUAGUAUCAUUAUAACUUAUUGUGUAUUAAAUUAUUGCUAUUAUUAUUAAAUGUUCCUAUUACACACUUUGCAAUAAAGACUUAAAAAAUUUAUUCCAUUCGACGUAAGGCGAAUGUAGAAAAGCAAGGACAACAUUUUUGUGAGUAAUUUCGCGAUAAUAUAAAUUAUUAUUACAAUAUUUAAAAUGUAUGCUCCUUGCGUGAAAAAACGUUUUAAUGAGAUAUGAAAAAAAAAUUUGAAAGACGAUAAAAUAAAAUUCAUAAUAUACAUAAUUUUCAUCAAAUGUGUUAUAUUCCAUGCUUGUGUUUGAAAAUAAGUCAAAGGUCACGCUGAGGCUGAUGAAAAUUAUCGUGUACAAUCGCCCUCUAAAUAAUCUUCAGUUUCUCAAUAAAGCUGAACCAAGUGAGGCCAAAAGAAUGGACAAGCCCUUAAUUUUACUAUUGUGCGUGCUAAUUGUUGGCUUCAAAAAUAGUUGUUCCGGAUAUGAAGAAAAUAUUGAAAGAAGUACUGAGAGCACUACAAUGAUUGUUGAAGAGACUUCUGCAGCCACAGAGGAACCUGAAGUUGAAGAAAUUAUCAGACCAUCAAUUGACUUUCGUACCAUAAUAAAUAAAUACCAAGAAAGGGAAAAUCCAAGCGAAAAUGUGCAAACUCAAGAAUUUGGUUUUAUGAAAAAUUUACAAGAAAUAUAUUCAAGUGGAUUUUUGACUGACCGCACAUUUUUAGUGGGGCCUGAUGGUGAAGUGGAGAAAAUAAAAGCGCACGCAGUUAUUUUAGCAGCCUCAAGCAAACUUUUUAAAUUUGCAAUGAAAGAAGAAACAACUACAUUUCGAAUAGAUACCAUAGCUGGUGCAGAAUUUCGGAAACUGAUGAAUUUCAUAUAUUCAGGUGCUCAAUGCGUUACAAACAUUGAGGAAGCUUGCGUUCUACUUAAACACGCAAACACGUUUGGAUUGAGUGCCAUCAGUGAGGUUGCCCGAAGCUUCCUCUUCUCCAAAAUAUAUUAUUCAUACAAUACUUGGGACGUGUAUAAAUGUGCUGACGAAGUGAAGGACCAGACGCUAAAAAAUGCUAUUUUAAAAAUUCUCUCAAAUCGUACCAAUGAGCUGGCAAAAGACGAAAAAUUCAGUCUAAUGACUCAGGAAGAUUUGAUCAAAUUUGUUCAAUUUGAUAAUAUGAAUAUUAAGGGUGAAAUCGAGUUGUAUCAAAUAAUUAUUCGUUGGGCCUUGCGCAAAGUAUACGAAAAAGGACUGGAGAAAAAAUCUGAAGUUCUUCGGGAAAUAAUUGGAGUUGAUAUUUUAAAAAAUAUUCGUUUUCUAUCUAUGUCGAUAGCUGAAUUCCAAAAGGUCUACUUAGGUUUCAAAAUACUAACAUAUGAAGAGGCAUUAUCCAUCACUUUUAACAUCGACAAAUACAAUUCAAUCUAUAUACCUGACUCCAUCUCACCGAUAAGCACGCCUAGGACCUCGCAUUCUUUCAGAAAUCCGAACGAGUCUUUUGAAAUGAUCGGUGUACCCGACCCAUGCAAACCCAAGAGUGAUAAUCACAGAUUUUUUAGAAAUCGAAUUGAUAAUAAUGAUAUUUAUACUACCCUUACUCAGAGUGAAAUUCCAAAAUCACGCCGUAGAUUUCACUUGCGUGGCAUACAAAUACCUAGAAGAGUGUCUGUUGCUGGAAACAUAUUAUGUAGCUCUGCAGAGGAGCACUUUGACAUAAUAGUUUUUGAUUUUCACAAUAAUACCGUUAGCGAAACCACACACAAUCAGAUCCCCAAAUGUGAAAAUGAUAGUCAUUGGGAUCGGAAGGAAUCUGAAACAAACGAUUGUCUUUGGAAGCGAGUACGCCCAAAUCGGCUCAUUAAUAUAAAACUUGAUGUUCAGAUACUGCCGACAGUGCCGACAAUUAUUGAUUAUUUUGACGAUGAUGCCGACAGUGCGGACGAUAUCCCAUACAAAGUAAAAGUAAUACCCCGUCAAACAGCAAGAUACCCUUUGACUUUGUCUAGUUUGAUUCAAACAUCUGAAGAUGGUCGAAGAUGCUCUGAUACUAAUCCAUUUAAGUCUGACUUCUCUGCAGGAAGUUAUUACUAUCUGGAUAAGAGUAACUUUAUUUACAGCAUGAUUUUGGAAGAAUUAUAAUUAUAUCUCGUCCAAAAGGCAACACCUAACUAUGAGCAUCUCUAGAAAUUGUUUGCAAUGGAACUUUAUAGCAUACUAUUGAAAACUAAAAUAAAUAAAAUGGUAAUAAAAGUGUAAUAAAUAUUUCUGUGUGUAUAGGCGUGAAUAAAAAUUAUAUUUUGACUAGAAAAUAUAAUUUCUUUUUAAAUUCAAAUAUUAUAAAAAAAAUUAUUUCUUGUUGAGUUUUCUUAAUAACUGUACAAUAAAAAAAAAUGCAAGUUCACCUUGGAACAUAGAGAUGGAUGAUGUUUGCAAUUUAAUUCAAGCUAAACUCACCAGCGAAAAUCAAGUAGAAAGUAAAACACGUGCAAUAUUUUUUUGUCACCUAAAACUCAUUUUAAUUGCAUGCUCCGUCAUGUUUAAUAUUGUUAGUUAGUUAUUUUUACAGGUUUUUAUUAACCUUCCAACUCAAGCUAAAUUAAUGAAACAUGCAGUUCCGUAAACAUUUCUGAAUAGAAAAAAACGGAGAAUAUAAAAAUGAUAUUCUUUUUCCUGUAAAAUUAUGAAUAAAAAAAUACGCAUCAGGAUAACUUAUUCCAUAAAUAAAAGCAUAAGGAAGGCAAGAAGCGUGUCAAAUAUUUGAAAAUUUGGCACAACAUCCGCCUGCGCCGGAACCGAAAGCCUGCCGAUAAGCCGCUGUGAAAUAUUCCACGUUUGGCUGCGACUCACACAAGCCGAUACACGUCAAAUCCGGCGUUCGAUCGCAUGCAAUAUUAAAAGCGCCCAAUUCCCGGCGCCGCGCAUAAUUUCCCGCACGCCAAACCACACGCGGCCGUAACUCACAAGACGCAAAGCAAGAAAUCUCAAGCCAAAUUCGGCGGCGCAAAAUAAGCCGAUGAGUCACCUGCGGAUUUUCGUGCAAGUGAGCAAUAAAGAUAAGGGCGCGCGCGCUUUGCAGUUGCGAGUGAUUCGAUUACGACCGUCCGGGUGAUUUCUCUGUUUGAAGCAGAAAUAAAUUUGCCAAAGAGGAAGAGCAAGAAGCGAGGAAAGAAAAGCGCUCUCGUUCUCGUUCCUCUUGCAGCUGGAAAGGGAGUGCGAUUAAUGAAUGUUCGCAAUCACCUACACGCUAGCACAAUUGAAACUUUACACCCGAGAAAGUAAUCUAGUAAUUGCAAAAGUUUACUGAUCAAUGUGGUUAAGUCGAUUUGUAAGAUUAAAUCAUUUCACUUGCAAUUGAUACCGCCAAAUAGUACAAUUUUCCCGACAUUCUAUGAUAAAUUUUCAGAAAGGUGACGGUUUAUUUGAAGACCAUAAUAAUUUCUUCUGAUUUUGACCCUUUUUUAAUUUAAUAAAAUGAGAUUUCAUGCAGAGAUUCUGGAAAAUUAGGCAAUAUCUUGGCAUUGAUGUUGCGCAGGUUGCAUAUGUUCUGAAAGCCAAAGUCUGUAGAAAUUAUUUCAUUUUUACUUAUUUUUUAAUAUGCUCAAAUUAUUAUUUUUCUGAAAUAAAAGAAUUUUAAACUGGU